AUGAGACUCGUCCUUUUUACCGCCCUGCUAUCCAUCCCAGGAUCAGCCAUUGCUGAGGAAGCCAUUGUCGGUGGAUCUCAGGCAGCAACCGGGGAAUUCCCUUACCAAGUUUCCGUCCAGACCUCCUCCCACAAAUGUGGUGGAUCUAUUAUCGAUAAAGAUCAUAUCUUAACUGCCGCUCACUGUGUCGAUGGACUAUCCGCAAAUCGCCUGAGAAUCCGGGCUGGUUCAAACCAACACAGCUCGGGUGGAAAGCUGGUCAAGGUGGCGAAAGUCACACAACACUCGGAAUUCGACGCGAAAACAAUCAAGAAUGACAUCGCCGUCCUCAAGCUGGCCUCGAGCCUAGACUUUGGGUCUACCAUCUCGGCGGUGGAACUGCCAUCCUCAGCGGACGAUAUGCCGCAGGUGGGGACCAGGUGCUCUGUCACUGGCUGGGGGAGUACCUCCGCUGGAGGCUCCACUCCCACAAACCUCCUUGUCGCGUACGUCGACAUCGUUGACCACGAGCAAUGCGUGGAGGAAUAUGUGAACCUCCAUGAAGUUGAUGCCUCCAUGAUCUGUGCUGGCGUCAAAUUUGGAGGAAAGGAUGCUUGCCAGGGAGACAGUGGCGGUCCACUUGUUGAUGCCAGCUCUAAGAAGCAGGUUGGAGUUGUUUCCUGGGGCUUUGGGUGUGGACAACACCACCGAAAUGGUGUCUAUGCUAGCACCGCGGCUUAUCUUGAUUGGAUUCAGGGGGCCGUUCUAGCAGUAUAGAUCCAUUAGAAAGAGAAAAUACCACCCGGUUCUUGAAAGGAACUCAGGAGAUCCUCCCACAAAUCUAACACCCCAAGCUCUGCACAUGUGUAUCGCUCUUACCACUGGCCUUCUGCUUCUCGAUCGGAAAAUGCGCACACGAUAUAAUCCACAGAGAUGCGACUCUAAGAGUCAUCAUGUAGAUUAGCCUACCGGGGAUCGUCUUCUACCAAAGUAAUACAGUCUUUUGUUAUGCAACAUGAA